AUGGCUCAACCAGCUGUCAGUUGUACACACUCUCGCUUAUCCUUCCGUGGAUCACCCGCAAGAAGUCUUUGUUACCCAGAAAAUCCGCCAGUUCCUCCGACAGUUUCUCCGCCAGUUUCUCCGCCAACCUGUCCGUAUGGUUAUGUCUGGAACGGGGCACAAUGCCAGAUAACUACUCCAACUUGUCCUGCAAAUUAUUAUUAUGCGAAUAAUUUGUGCUAUCCAUAUCAAACUACUCCGACUAGUCCUUGCCAGACUGCACCGAACCCAGUUUAUUGCGGUGUUAGCCAAAUGUCUAAUCCUUGUUGCGUGGUUCCCACUCAAUCAGUUGCUCCUCCCAUUCAUCCAGUUUUUCCUACUACUCCACCAGUGAUAACACCCAAACCUCCCGUCACUCCAGUGCCGCCUCUCAAUCCAAUACACCCAAGACUGGAGUGUCCUACUGGCUUCGUCCUAAAGAACGGCAAGUGCAUCUAUAUACAGGUUUCUCCCCCGACUCUCCCUUAUCAAAAGUGUUACCCUGGAUUUAUACUCAAGAAUGGAGAAUGCGUGUGGGAAAAUGCCAAAAUAAUCACUAAACCCCCAACUAUUGACUGCCCACCUGGUACCCAGAUGACACCUUCGGGGCAGUGCAUCCGAUUGACGUGCGUUGGUGGCACGACUGUCAACAAUUGCACAAAUAACCCUUCGGGAGACUGUUGCGGUGGAACAACGCAUGGAACCAACCACAUUAGCAACUGGAUCAACAACCACAAUCCCGUUAAUGUCACCACUAAUGUCAACGCGAACAGCUCCAGCCACGUCACGGUCUAUCUCACAUCAAGCGGAGAAUACAAUGUGAGUUCCUCAGGAGGUGGCGAAGGAGGAGGUGGUGUGUCAACAGUUACAUAUGUCACACAAGCUCCUGCCCCGGAGAAGUGCUGCACUGUGAUGUCGCCCAGGAUGUGCAAGACCAUGGAGGGCGGCUCCUGGGGGUGCUUCCACAGGAAGAAGGAGGUUUGCUCGAGCAUGUGCGUCAGGCCUCAAAUCUACCUGAGACCCAGACGCCCAAUCUAUCGCCCACCCAUUGUGGUCGUUCCACCCAGGAGAUCGCGUCCCUGCAGAGGCUGCAACUAUCGCAUGCAGCACGACUGCUCCGGUUGCUACGGUCACGGCUACUGUCCGCAAUACUGCUCGGCGUACGAGUGCCAAUCCAGUGAUUGCGGAUACAUGAAUCAGGAGUCCUACUGCAACGAGUACGGCGGUGAAUUCUGCUCUUCCAGCUACGGAUGCCUCGAUGGAGAGUACUGUGACUGA